UCUGACACAUUGUAUUCUCUGCAAUCCACUCAUUCUGACACCAUGGAGAACAGACGGAAAGCUUUCGGCAAGAUCUGUCCAAACACCAUUGGCAGUGUCCCAAGCAGACCGAUAAAAAAGCCCGUUAAGGCUGAUAAAAAGGCGCCGACAAGGAGACUUUUCCCAGCUACCAACAGACCUGUGUCCAUUUAUGUGGAUCCAUCUCCAAACGCAGUGGACGCAGCACUUUCUACAAUCGACUGGCAAGACUUGGCAGACUGUGACUCUGUUAUACAACAAGACGCCGCUAGGGGUAACAUUUCACAGCAGGGACACUGUUUGCAAGAUGGAUCUCAGUUUGACCUGCAGGAGUUCAGAGAUGCUGUGGAUAACUUCAUUGCAGACCAAUCCUCUCUCAUGCAAACUGCGAUUGGCUCUGCAGAUUACCAUGUGUUUAACCCUUGCAUUCCCGCACCCCAGCCAGUGCAUCUCAUGCCCCUCAAUGUGCAGCCUGCAGCCACUACCGAGCAAUACUGGAAAGACAUCGCUGGCCAGAACCAGCAGGCCCUGGGCAAUGCUCUAGUGGAGAAUACACAGCUGCAUGUGACAUUGACUGAAAAACAAGAAGAGAUUGCCUCUCUGAAAGAAAAAAACGUCCAUCUCAAUGAGCUUGCUGCCCAGGCUAAGCAUCUGGCAUCAGUUCUCGAUAAACUGAUGUACCAUAGGUCAGGAGACAGUGGGAGGAUUUCAUCAGGUACAGUGUCACCUAGGCCACCCGUGAAGAGGAAUCUACAGGAAUAUUACCCUCAGGACAACGAGCAGGAUUGUAAAAAGGUGGAUGAGAUAUUGAGGGAGAUCUCUAAGAAAUGUAAUGCUGUUCUCCAGAGUCAACCCACAGAGGCUAAACGCCCUAAACUACAAACAGACGACCACAUGGAUUUCCAGGAAGAAGGCAUCCCAAACAUCAAAAUGUGCGGGGCUUUCAAUGGACUCAAGACAGUCACUGGGCAGAACUCAGUGAAUUUGGUUGAUACUGAGCUGGAAGAAGACACCUCCUUCAAGACCUCCAUAAAGGAACACAGCACGAUUCGGACUUUAGCCUAUCCCCAGGGAAACGCUUUCACCAUACGGACAUUUGGAGGGGGGUACAAAUUUAGAUGGGUCCCCAACUGAGAAGAUAGAUAUACUGACUACCUUCAAUGGAGUUUUGCCAGUGGAGAGUGGACGUGGUGAUAGUAACUCGUAUACCACUAGAGGGCGUGCCGUGCUAAAGCCUUACUCUGGUAAUAUCAUUAUACAAUAUAGUAUAUUACAUCAAGUGCUCCACACCAAUAAUAAGAAAUUGACUAGUCAUCAUGGGACCAUGUAAGAUAUUAAUUGUUUAAUGGUACUGUGACAUAAAACAUUAUUCUUUGGGUCCAAGAUCGGUGUAACUCAAGUGCUCACUACAUUAUACUAAAACUGCCGUCUGUAGUGCCUAUGAAUGGACUGCCAGCUUAUUAGUGUACGUAACAUUUGGGGUAUUUAUAUUGUAACCCAUUUCCUUAUCCAAGCAUUUCGCCAGUUACAUGAAGAAAACAUUUUGCUACAACUAUACAUUAUUCCUUUUUUUUGUAUUUUGAAGUUAUUCUAUCAGUGCACCAUUGGGUAAACUAUCUUAGAAUAUAUUGUGCAUUCCAUUCGACCUGUUUUAAUUUAAGGAGAUACACAGUACAUUUACUUGCAAAGUUGCACAUUUACCGAUUAGCCAUAUAAAUUAUUUUUACUAUUGUUUUUUUGAAAGUAGGAUUCUUGCUGCACUGAAAAUACUCGGGACCUGCCUGCACCAGUAUUAGCUAAAUGUCUUUAUUAAGAUAACCUAAUAUUGUUAUUCAUAAAAUUAGAAUUGUCCGGAAUUCAAAGUGUAUUUAAACCUUAAGACCAGAAAGUAGAUGAACCAGAAAGAUUCUCCAAGUCAGCUGUGCUUCUGGGUUGGCUAUUUUGUUCUUAAAUUUGCAAUUCACUUUCUAUUCUCACUAUUGUGAAUAACUUUGGAAAUGUAUUCUAGGGAUGGUACUGCCAACUAGCAUUGGUACUGCCAAAUAGCAUUCAUGCUAUUUAAAAAAAAAACUCAUUAAGGAGACAUAUUCAAGUUUACAGUAGUCUGUGUGUGAGACAGUCCUCGCCAGUUCUCAUAUAUCUUGUAAUCAGACCCAGGGUUUAAGAACUCUUAUAUAACAUAUUUAUAGGAGCCCAUAGGCGUGCCUUCUGCCACGCAGAUCAACAAGUCCCAUAAUGCUUAGAAAAAAAGUAAAACAUCAAUGGAGUUGGAAUUCUCUAACUGCACAUGGAUAGAUAAGUAUAAAUGAGGGUCACUGGGCUCCAUUGUACAGAGCUUCAGAAUAUUAAGGUAAAAUAAUAUUACUUUUUAAAACAAUGCUAUUGAUGGCCCUUAUACAUUAUUUCACCCUGCCCUGAUACAUCUCCUCUGCCAAUGACCAAGCUUACACUCUUUAGAGAGUUAUUCACUGCACUGAAACAGUUAACUUGCCAUUUUAAACCCCUGCUCUAAAACAAAUAAAAUUCAUUUUAUUUGUACCUUAUAUAGCAUACGUGUGCUGCUUUCAUAUUUCCAUUUGCAGA